UCACAGUUCCCGCCCCGGCCCCCACCCGCCGUAACCUCUGCCCUUUAUCCCAAUGCCGCCAACUCGCUCGACAAAGAACACGUCCGGUGACGCGUCUGGAGACCGCAAGGGUCGCACAGGCUCUUCCAAGCGCAAGGAUCCCAACGCUGCGAAGCGCCCUUCCAAUCAGUACAUUCACUUCCGGAGUGAUUAUAUCAAGAAGCAGAAGGACCUUGGCGUCGAGGGAGCAAUCCAGACAGAUAUCAGCAAGGCCGCCAGCGCUGCCUGGCGCGCGCUGCCUGCUGAAGAAAGGGCUGUCUACGUGCAGAGGGCAAAGGCCGAGGCGAAACAGCACAAGGAGAGAUAUCCGGACUUCAAGUAUAACCGAACGAGGGAUGCGUCCUCCAAGGCAUCCUCCUCAACGUCCACUGCUCCUCCGAAGCGGAAGCAUCGCCCGGCGCGCCGCGAUCAGCCAGCAGGCAUCGAGGGGGCCGGCAUCGUGAUCAACCAGGUCGCGCAAGACGCGCCUCGCGGCUCCGCUGAACAACCGAAGAACGAUGGCGACUCCGUUCGCGGCUACCCGUACUCGCACACCCCUCAGGCCCUUGCCUACCCUUCUACUCCUUCGGACUUUGGUCUUCCUACCCCCUCCCCCUCGCCUUUCAACUCGAACGCGUACACCCCCUUCACCUCGGGCCCGUACGUCCCUGUCAACUUGGCCAUGUACGGCCCGCCGCCCUCGGGCCUCUAUACCCCACCGCAUUCAACCGUCCAUACGCCUUUAUACUCGGGCAUCCAUACCCCAUCGCGCUCAGGCGCCCCCACCCCCUCACCGAUCCCAAUGGCCCACGUCCCUUUGUCGAGUCCUCGGGCUUACCCUGCCCCUUCACCGAGCCCAUGGGCCCUUCCGACGCCUUCACCCAGUGCAUAUGCUGUUACCCCCUUGCCGAGCGCGUACCCUGGCACGCCGUCGUCGGACUGGUGCCCUACGGCCCCUGCCAGCCCGGCGUCCUGGACACCGAUGGCGUCACCGGCCAACUCUGGGAUCGUGUACUUACCACCCACUCCGGAGACGUACGCGGUCCAGCAUGCGUUCUAUCCUGUGCAGGAUGCGUCGUACUCUGCUCGGAGCGCGUCGUACACGGUCCAGCAAACACAUUACGACCCCAAGGCAGCGCCGUACGCCCAGUACAACAAUCACGACGCGUCUUCAUCGGCCCAAGGCGCUUCUUCCUCUGCUCAUGGUGUGACACACCCUGGGCAGAACGCGUCCCACUCGACCAAGGCCGCAUCUUGCGCCGCCGCAUCGUGGCACCUUCGAGGCACGUCGUACUAUGGCAAUGAGGCGUUUGCUACUUCCCAGCAGACGCCAACCACUGUCCAACAGGCACCAUCCGCUGUCCAGGACACGUCGUGCAUCAUUCAGGAUGGGUGUAGCGCUGUUCAAGGCGCGUCAUCCAUUGUCCGAGACGCGUCGUCCGUCGCUCAGACCGCGUCGAACGCCGACCAGAGCGCGUCGUGCUCUGCUCAGACCACGUCAAGCUCUACUCAAGACGCGUCGGGUACCACCCAAACCGCGUCGAAUGCGUUGCUGCUCACCCUUGACGAGCGUACUUCCGACGCCUCCGACGGCGAUUGCGCCCAAGACGGUCUCCAGUACAACUCGACGUACACUGGCGAGGGUGUGCUGAGUUCUGCUGAGGAUGCGCCGAACGACGAUCUUGCCGCAAUCAUCGAUUUGAACGCCCUCUUGGCCGACCUCGGCGCGACUGCCCAGGACGAUUCACAGGCUGCAACUGCCGAGGCGACACCUGCUCACGACCUCGACGGGUCCGCCGGCCCGACAUCCGAGCCUUACCCCGCGACCUCCGCCCAGGACGAGGCUUCUGUACCCAACGACAAGAACCUAGGUGGUCCGGAUGACCUCUACACCGCUGUCCAGUCCGAGGGCUGGGAACCCAUGCUGCCCGAUCAAUAUACCCUCGAUUUGGCAGGGCUGGAUUUCACCUUCGGCGAGCGGGUUUCGACCUUCAUGACUUGAUUGACCCAGUCGUGGCUGUCUGGCUCAUCUCCCCCCCGCCUUGUGCAAACCCGGCCCGCGUAUGCGCUUUGUGCGACCUCACCUGCACUCUUUGCGAUCCGCUACGCGCCACCUCUCGUGUACUCCCCGCGUCGUCGUCGCUGCCUCUGGAUGCCUCAUUGCUCAUACGUGCCCUUCUCAUCCUUUCCGCGCGGUUUUCUGUGCACCCUUUAGAUUCAUUUCACACCUCACGACCUGUCACGACCCCCAUGCCUUUCCUCUUUAUCCCAUUGAUCCCUCGGAACUGUACUGACUGCGCCCGGACUGUAUCACUGACUCGUAUAUCUCACUGGCUUGUGUAUCCCUAUGUCUCCUCCUAUCUUUCUACACUCUAUAUACUACCUCGAGCUCUCGAAUUCCUGACUGUAUCGUUUACUGUUGCCUCUCUGGACUGUAUUACAAUGAAUUCAAUUUACACUCUGGUAGCUGCGUGUGU